AUGAUUGUCACCAUGUGUUCCACGAUCACAAGCAGACGACGAGUUACUAGGUCGGCAACAAAAGCAAGAGUAUUGGAAGCCCAAAGAAAGUUCUCUGUCGCCCUAUACGAUCUACAGGAAUUCGUCCAGCGCAGCGAGAAUACCAAUAUCAAGGCAGUAACGAAAGGCAAGGCGGACGGCGAGCUGAUUAUUUCCUAUGCUCACAAGAGGCUACAAGAUGGCUUGACCAUUAGAGUUCAGUGCAAAGUUGAUAACGACAAUCCACCUCCCAUAUUCCAGUCGGCACUAGAAAAGAUCGCAUUGCGCCCGCCAGAUUGGAGCCUCUGUGAUUUGGCUUCAAAGAUCGAAGACUCGCUUGACAAGGCCGUCCUGAGAAGAGCUCAUGGCUGUUCGAAUCGGGAUGUGUAUUAUGUCAACGAGAGUGACAGCGAAUACGAUAGCAAUGCCAGCCACAGCAGUGGAGAUGGGUCCAAUACCGAUGAUGACAUGGCUUACAGCUCGGACGAGUCUGUUACAGAUGUCAACUAUCUCGGCAAGCCAAAAUCAAGCCUUGUUAAAAGGCACGUUCGACGUCUACUCAAGCGUCGGAUCUCUCAUGAUCUGCAGCAAGUAGAGAGUGCAGGCUAUGCGUUUGAAAUCUUGCGAGGAACAGCCGACGGCUCGGAUGACCUUCUGAUCAGCAUCUCCACCGCCGUGACAAAGCUGGGCUUCAGUCCAGCUGAGAUUCUGGCCUGGGGUCUCAGCACAUCGGCGUACAUCGUUUUUCUGAUUCGAGUGUCAGGCCCGUAUACGCCAUUUGAGUCACUCUUGCAAGACCGUCGCAAGCAAUCCAGCGUGUCUUUUCGCUUGGGCCAGUGCACAGAGCCCGUGCCAAGCGUCGGUGAAGCCGCUUUCAUAUUCGGACAGCGCGACACAGUCCUUUCCACACCCUUCCAGUAUGCAAACCUUACAAUCUCGAAGAAUCUACAGAAUCAUAUGGAAGCCUUCUUCUGGCAGAUUGCCCAAAUCAAAGAGGACUGCAACGGUACAUGGGAGGAGGCUUACGGACUGUUCUUGCAAAGCGACCUGGACAAGAAGAGAAAAUACUCCGGCUCUGCAUCCUACGACUCCCUCAAGAUGGCCCGUCGUAGCUUCCCUCUGGUCGCAAUGCAGUUUUCUCUUGACCAGCUUGAGCGCUGCAGGAAGUACUGCCCGAUCUGCCACCAACCACUCGCUGAAGGCUUCCAAGCAGUUCGGCCUACUGUGUGUUUGAAACCGACGUGUCGUUUUCAGUGCGCAACCAUUGGUCUAGGCCCCAGCGUGGAGCAUGAAAUCCUGUUUCGGCCAGGAGUGGUGGAUCUGCUCGUGAGCCUCUUUUAUGCCUCCCUGCAUUCAGGCUCUCGUAGAUGCUCGCCUGCAUUAGAGGAACUAAUGUUUCCAUUGAGUGCAGGGUUCUCUGGUACGUAUUUGUGGACAGAGCUUCGUGGGCCGCAGCUCGAAAUGGCAGAGAUGGCCUCGCUGAAAUCGCUACAAGUUGGUCAGCUGGUUUUCAUUCGUAUGCGGCCCAGCCAUUUUGCUGAACAUCCGCGUCGUCCCGUGCAUCCAGAUCCUUGGGGGGAAAUCCGACUGGCAAUUUGCCCGGACUCCUUGAACUACUCGAACCACUCGAACUACUCAAAGCGCUCGUUUACGCAAGAAGUUAUUUAUUCUGCCGUGAUCAAAUCGAUAAAUCCUGGCCUUAUGCUGGUCACGUUUGAGGCCAAAAGCUUCCCUUUCCCUCCUCACGAAACACUCCGAGCAGAAAUACAUAUUCAGGACUUAAAUAUCUAUUUCCCGGUCUUGGUUUCCAAGGCCCGAAUGCUACGCCACAUAAUGGACAGCUUUCCUCCUGUCUCGCAGCUUAGGAGUCACUUGCAGGAUCAUCCCCAGGACGACAUUGAAUCUGUACCUGGUGUGACACCUCUGGCGGCUAGCAUGCUCCGCUGGAUCAUGGCCACGAAUCAAUCGUGCAUCAUGGAAAUGCCUUGGGACCACCGGCUGAAACUUGGGAUUAGCGGCUCAGGAUGGACCCAAUUCUGCUUGCUGCAAGCCCCCCCGAAUGAGGAGGCCCGGUUUGGGAAAGCACGUGCGAAGACGGCAAUGAAGAGCAACUCUGGCGAGCCAUUUUCCAGAUACCCAAGCAUAUUUGGCUGGCACGGCAGCCCUAUACAGCACUGGCAUAGCAUUCUGCGAACAGGCCUUGACUACAACAUCGCGACUCACGGAAGGUCGUAUGGAGACGGAGUGUACUUCAGUGAUGAUUUCAGCUGCAGCUACAGCUAUUCUUCAAACACCAGAAAUGAUCCGAUCUUCUGGCCCAGCUCGGGGCUGCGUGUGCAGUCGGUACUCAGCCUCAACGAGAUCCUCAAUGCGCCCACCCAGUUUGUCAAUUCUGAGCCACACUACGUCCUGGAUAAGCCAGCCUGGCACAUAUGUCGGUUUUUGUUUGUCCGGCGUUCCGGCAAAGCGGCAGAGGGCAUUGGCUCUCAUCUACGGACGGUAGAAAAGGGCAAUACUCUCGGCACGGGAUUGCCACGAUGGUCCAAGUCUCCAGCUUUUGUCGUCCAAGAUCCCCAUCACAACGCCUUUAUAGCCAAAAUUCCAACGAGAACGUAUCUGGAUAUUCCGGUUAUCUGCCCCCUGAAAAGUAACAGAACUGACAUCAAGUCUACUGAAAAGUUGGAGGAUGCUCGCAACAUUUCCGCAAAAAAGCGGCGAAAAAUAUGA